AUGAACCGGUUGAGCAUCGCAAAUCUUCUGAGCUCACCACCAGUUAUGCAGGUUGCAAAUGAUUGGCAAAGUAUGGAUCGACAAUUUAAUGAUUCUUUAAUACCACAAUUACUACAAAAUCCGUUUGCCAUCAAUUUCUGGUUACAAUUUCAAAAUGCCCAACUACAACCUCAUUUGCAAUAUGCUGCUCUUGCUCGCAGUCUUGUUGCGGAAAAUCCUCUCGAUUUGAGUAAUAAGACUAUGAAUGUGCUUCAGAAAAUUGGUGUCUUCAAUAAUGUUGUUGUGAAAACCGAAGAUGAUGAAUUGCCAGUAAAUGACAAGUCAGGGGAUGAGUAUUCCAGCAAAUCCAAUAUGCUCAGAAGAAAUUACACUGUGGAAGAUUUGACACAAGCGGUUGACGACAUCAGACAAGGAAAACUCGGGACACGAAGAGCAUCCGUGGUAUACGGUAUCCCUCGUUCGACUCUCAGAAACAAAAUCUAUAAGCUUGAAGCGGAAGGAGCCAUCCCAUCAAAAGUUCGUCGCGGGAAAAUUGCGGCCCGUCGGGCCGAAGCUGAGCAAAAACGAAGUGAAGAAGCGACAGCAGCCGCUGCUCUCUUGGACACGUUCGGCAAUCAAUCUGACUCAUCGUCCCCCUCACCUCAUGCUUCAAUGUGUCCAAGCUCACCUGACAGCACAAAUAGCAGUGUGGAAGGGACCGUAGAGACACCGGAUCCGGACUCAAAGAAGUCAGUUUCCCCUUUGGAUCCCAAGUGGCUUGAGUCUAUUUGGCAAAACUUGUUCAAAACGCAAACCAGCAUUGUCCCAGUGGAUAAUGGAUUGAACCUUACUUCCGCUGACGCUCACACCCCAACACUGACACCAGAAAAGACUCAAAAAACGCACGGAAGUGAAGAAUGGAAGAGAAGUCGACCGAAAAGAGGGCAGUACAGGAAAUACGACAAAAACGCAUUGGAUGAGGCUGUUCGGAGUGUUCGUCGUGGAGAAAUGACUGUCCAUAGGGCAGGUAGCUUUUUUGGAGUUCCACACUCUACCCUGGAAUACAAGGUGAAAGAAAGAAACCUGAUGAGGAAAAAGAAAGACCAUGACUCAUCGACCAGCGAAGACGGAAUCCAGCCGGUUACAUCUACAAUCUCCGAAAAAUGCGAUGCAUCAUCUCAUACAUCCACACCUGCUCCAUUUCCCAUUUCACUUGUUUAG